UCUCUUCAAAAAUACAUGAGAACACCUUUCGAAGUCACCAUAAAUAAUCACCAAAAUUUUCUUCAAAAUUGUUCGUAGCAGAAGAAGCUCGAAGAUAUCUACGUCGUAACAGUUGAAGAACUACACAUUUUCAAAUUAAACAAAUGAAAUAAAAAGUAUUUGCGCAUGCGCAAUAAGUUCCCGAUACGCGAUCUUAUUGUUUUCAUACAUAUAAGAACCCUUGGCAAUGUUGCAAGAUUAUUUAAUAAACCAUUAUUCAUCUCGAUUAGAACAAAUAUUAAAUGCUGUGGAAGAAUAUGCACAUUAUCCGAUUUAUGUGAAUUUUGUAUCUUUAUUUGAAGCUGAUCCUGAAAAUGCACAAAAAAUCUUGCGCUAUCCUAGAUAUUAUUUACCUUUAUGUGAUGAAGCAGCAAUUGAAGCUCAAGAAAAAAUAGCCAAAGCACAACAAGUUGUAAAGAAAUUGGUUCAUAUCAGAAUUACUGCUGUUCCUAUAACAAUGCAACAUGGACAGAUUGGUGAACUAGUUUGUACAAGUGGAAUCACAGUUAGAACGUCUCAACCUUCUGUCAUAAAACUUAAAAAAAAAUUCAAAUGUAAAAAGUGUCAAUAUGUAUCUAUAAUCAAGUUUGAAUGGGAACGACAUAUGUUUCAAAGUAUUAAGGAAUGUCAAGCAUGUCAUGCAAAGAAGAUAGAAACUUUGACAAAUCUAGAACCAGAUGAUUGUUCUGAUUAUCAGGAAAUAAAAAUUCAAGAACAAAAUCAAAAGGAUACAAACAAGUCUUAUAUGGUUGGACUACAAAUAAUUUUAUUGGAUGAUUUAGUUGAUAAAUGCAGGCCAGGAGAUAGUUUAGAGAUUAGUGGGGUAGUUGUACGUAAAUGGGGAACUUUAUCAGCUGGACGGCAAGCAGAAGCAACAACACAAAUGAUAGCGAAUAGUAUUUCAAUACGUCGUAAAAUAACUGACAUUACAUUUUCCAAUCAAGAAAUGCAAGACAUUUUUAAAAGUUAUUGGCAGCAACAUGAAAAUGAUCCUUUGGUUGGAAGAGAUAAUAUACUUGCAUCAAUUUGUCCUCAACUAUAUGGAAUGUAUACAGUAAAAUUAGCAUUAGCUGUUGUUUUAGCUGGUGGUGUAUCAAAAACAAAUGAAUCAGGUACACGUGUCAGAGGUGAGCCACAUCUUCUUAUGAUUGGUGAUCCCGGAACUGGGAAGUCUCAAUUACUUCGUACUGCCUCUAGAUUAUCAACAACAUCUGUUCUUACAACUGGUAUUGGCACAACUGCAGCUGGUCUUACAGCUGCUGCUGUCAAAGAUACAGAUGGUUGGCAUUUAGAAGGUGGUGCUUUGGUAUUAGCUGAUGGAGGUGUUUGUUGCAUUGAUGAAUUUAAUACAAUGAGUUCUCAUGACAGAGCAUGUGUGCAUGAAGCUAUGGAACAACAAACAAUAUCAAUUGCCAAAGCAGGUUUAGUGAGUACUCUAAAUUCUCGAUGUACAGUUAUUGCUGCUAUUAAUCCAGAUGGAGGACAAUUUGUAGAUGGUGAAGAAUGGAAAACACGUUUGGGAAAUCCCCUUUUAUCACGAUUUGACCUAAUCCUUCUUCUCAAAGACAAUAAAAAUCCAGAAUGGGAUAAAAUGACAUCUGAUCAUAUUUUAAAAGCGGCUUAUGAAUUUAAUGAUACAGAAGCUCAAACAGAUACAAUGCAACAUAUAGAUUCUGUAAAAUUAGAAGGAUUAUGGACGGAGGAAAGUUUACGCGAGUAUUUAGCACAUGUACAUACAUUGAAACCAAUUCUUACACUAGAAGCAGAAAAAGUUCUUAGUGCAACUUAUCUUUACCAUAGAUCGAAUCCAGAAAGAAGAGCAGAACGAACUACCGUACGACUUUUAGAUAGCUUGAUCAGAUUAGCUGAAGGUCAUGCAAGAUUAAUGUGUAGAUCAGAGGUACAACUUAUGGAUGCUAUAAUUGCAGCAGAUUUAACUGGUAUUCUUAGAAGUAAUAUGGGAAUUGGAUGUCCUUUUCCUACUAAUCCAAAAUACACAUAUCAUUGCAGAGGAAAGGAGAUAUUGAAAACUCUUGAUUUGCAAAUACUAAAAUCAUUCCUAUAAUGUAUUAAAUGCAUAUUAAAUAACGAAUUUAUGAAUA